AGAGAGUGCAGUAGGAAGUGAUAGGUGCUGCUGAUCAGUAACACCUGAGAUCCUUGGUAGAUCAAGAUCACUCAAAGAUUUACACUUUUUAAAUGGUCAAAAGCGGCACAUAAUGUCCUGCAAUCGAUUGUUUGCAGUUAGUUUUACUUUAAAAUAAUUAUCUGAUCGGAUACUCCUUCAGGGCUCGGCGUGUCCCCGCCGGUCUACCCUAUGGAGUUUACUAUUUGCAAGUUUGCCUGCGAUGUGCGAUGUUUUGGGUUCUCAGAUUUCCUAACUCAGGCCCCAGAUAUGCAUUUUUAGGUGAAAUGGUGUUUCCAAACUGCCGGUGUGUUAGUGUUUGGGAUAUAAACAAGACAGAGUGGAAGAAGCUGCUGUUUUUCCCCCUCAGCUGAGCUCAUCAUCGCCGUAUUUAAAUUAACAAGUAUCACCCUGGUUAAGCGAUCUUCUUAAGUACUGAACAAUGCUAAUUUUACAAAUGUCGAAUUAAAAGUUGUGUUCUAAAGCCACCUCUUUUUGUGCACAACACAGGCAACCCCAAGAUGACCCUUUUUAGAGGAUUACCACUUCACUAACCUUAUUAGGCUCUAUAUUAAGACCUAAAGAGCCUCAGGGAGCAGGCAGCCUAAUGACCGCAGAGCAGUUGCUCUGGCCAGCUCGUUUCGCUGUUUUCCACUGCAGGGGUCGCAUGGUUUCUGCUUGUUUUGUCUAGUUUUCUAGUUGGGGGGUUGUGAAAGCGCUGUGGUCUGUAUAUAAAACCUUCAGUGACACCUGCUUCCGAAAAGUAUAUAAGUACUGGACUUUAUCAGACGCAUGCAUUUUCGGUAUGAUAAGAAAGCCGGUAUCACCUGUGCAGAAAUAUGUAGCCGGUUCCAGCUGCCUACAAGAAUGGACCUCCGGCACCAUGCCGAAGUCGCAGGAAGCAGCGUGAGUGAUGUGUCAGUGUUGUUUGCAUCUGCCCCCCUGACGGUACAAUAACCUCCAUUCGCUCGGCGACUGGAACGCCGCAGCUUCGUUCCAAUGCCGACGAUCGCAGCGAAGCUACGAGCUAUAAACUGAGCGCCUGCGAGUCCGGAGUAAAUGCAUGGUCGGCAUUGCUGGGGAUGAGGAAGACAGUUUACGUAUCGCAACAGAUUCUAAAACGCAGUGUGCAUGCUGUGUAAAACCACAGAGCUUGGCUUUUGAAUAAAGCAUUGAUCUGAAAGGACACUGAGUGCACUGUUGCCCCAGGAAGAGACAUGAGGGAGCCUUGGAUACCAACAUGGAAAGUAUCAGAUCCCUGAGGCUGUGAAACGUCAUCAAACAGCAAGUUAACUGCUGGAACAGAGAAACCCUUGACUGACGAGACUGACUUGCCAGACAGUGGAAUUUACAUGACUACUGGGAAUUUAUUUCAAAGUGAAGGACUUCAGUAUUGCAAGUCAAAUGUGCAUUGUCAUAUUUACUGUUUGUUAAAGAUCAUUUAAAGACUAUUUAAAUGUUUCUUUGGCUAACUACUACUUCAUUAUUUAUUAUGCCUGCUUACCUGUUGUCUUAGCCAUGAGUAUUUCUUGAACACGUUUACACCUCUGGACAUUUCUGAAGACUUCUGGAACUUUCUGCAGUGAUGGCCCUCAUGGCACUCCAGCUGCUGGGUUUUCUCUUGGGCAUGCUGGGGUUCUUUGGAACAGUCAUCGCCAUGGUGAUGCCCCAGUGGCGAUGCGCCGACUACGUGGGCCCCAACAUCAUCACGGCUAUGGCGUACAUGAAGGGGCUGUGGAUGGAGUGCGUGUGGAACAGCGCGGGUGUCUACCAAUGUGAGACCCACCGCUCCUCGCUGGGUCUGCCCAAGGAUCUGCAGGCAGCCCGGGGCCUCAUGGUUAUGUCCUGCCUGAGCUCCAUUCUGGCCAUCACCCUCGCUGCUACGGGCAUGGAGUGCACGCGCUGUGUCCACCGGGCCCCAGCCAAGCGAGCCCUGGCCAUAGCGGGAGCUAGCUGCUUUGCCAUCGCUGGCCUGCUCUGCCUGGUGACUGUGUCCUGGACCACCAGUGAGGUCAUGCAGAACUUGUCCAACCCCCUCCUGCCUGACGCCUUGAAGUUUGAGGUGGGACAGGCUGUCUACGUAGGGUUUGUCUCCGCCAGCCUCAGUCUCACCGGUGGGGCAGUGUUUUGCCUCUUCUGUGGCGACUCAAAGAAAAACAUCCCUCAAUCCCAUAAUGCCUUUCAGGCUCCUAACUACCAUCCCCCUGCAGAAUGGAAUCAUGCCCUGUCUCAUUACUCAACCUCCAGCAGCGGCUACAGGCUCAGUGAUUAUGUGUGAGCGGGGCACGAGAGAGAUUAUCAUAAAGAUGUUAAGACCCAGAAAGGCGGACAUCCCUGCUUUCGGUUCAUUGAUGUUAAAGUUGUCAAGCUUGAGACUUGGGGCCAAAUACAGACUGAUUCUCAUGUUUACAGUGACUGUUAUCAUGCUAAGAGAUACACAGCGAAAAGGGGAAAUGCUGGAUCUAUGAUUUGUUAUACACUAUGGAAAUACUAUGGAAAUGCUGUAGCUGACAUUUUCUGUACUGGCUGAGGUGAAUUCAUCCAAAAAAAAGGAAACUAGAGGUUUUUAGUGCAUAUCACCUGAAGAGGGCUAGUAUUCUGUGUAGAAAGUACAGGGCCCUCUUUGCCAAAUCCUCCUGAUGCAUACUCUUUGUAAAAAAACAAAAAAAACAAAACAGGCUUUCACAAACCAUAACUUUAAAAAAGAAGGUAUAACGUGCUGUCAUCUGAGGCAAACCACUAAUUACAACUGUGCAAAUUUACAGCAUAAGCCCCCUUGCUCUGAUGGGCAGCAUGGGUCUUCAGACACUGCCCAGCUGUCAGUUUAAUCUGUGGCUUCCUGCCAGUCACUGAGAAACUUUGCAAUAUGGCACCCAUCUGUUAAUCCCCUCAGACAGUUUUCAUGAAAUGAGGAGAACCAUGUAUAUAAAGUUCUUUAGGGCAAAUUAGCUGGUGUGUUACAUAAGCAGCCAUUGUUAUCGAAAGCAAUAUAGAUAAUAUGAUUCCUUGUUUGUAAAUAAAUUAGAUUUAUUUUUAUUUGGGCAUUUUCAUUUUGGCCCCUAAAGAAACUGACUUUAACAUCCACUAUUCCAUGAACUUCCUUUUGAAACUUAGUGAAAUAAUGCAGUCUUUGUAAAAAUGUUUCUCUGUAAUGCAUUUCCUUUGUCUUGCUGUGUUUUCAUUUUAGCUAAAUGAAUAGCUAAAGCCACAGUUUACCUUAUCAAAAAGUUAACAUGAACAUGGACGUCAUGUGCAGUUAGAGCAGCUGUACAGAUUGAAGUUGGAUGUCCAGUAUGUAUAAAUAAAGGAACAUGUAUUAAACUUAA